AUGGACACAAUUGCAAUUUUGGUUUGCUACAAUGGAAAAUGGGUAACCUCAAAGAAGAUGUGCACAUAUGAAGGGGGUGACACAAAAGGCAUAAUAGUUUCGCGAAACAUCACAUUUGGUGAGCUUUUGGAACGGGUACAUAAGAUUGUUAAUACAGACAACAGGGAAGUCAAGCUUUGUUUAAAGUUCUUAGUUUCAAUAUCCUCGAAUGAGUGUAAGCAUAUCAAGAUUGAGGACAAUGAUGAUGUUAAAUUUUUUAUUAAGUACAGUUGUGACGUAAUUCCUUCGAAAGUGGCUCCUUUACUGGUGAGCAUAGAAGACAAAGGAGUGACAAAUGUCGUAGGUGAUCGUAUGCAUAUCACGACGGAUAUGAGUCGAAUGGCCUGUUCUUCAAAUGCCAUAGUUGAAAGCAAUGGUGAUGUACAUGGUGAUUUUGGAACACAAUAUUUAGACAUGAUUGAUUUUACAGGGGUGGAGGGGGUGCAUAGUGGUGAUAAUGGUACGGAAAUGAAUGGCUUGCAAAUGCACUCAGCCCCUCCUAUUUUGGCCCAUUUGGAGACAUUUUCACAAGUGGGUGUGGUGGGUUCCGAAACAACGUCUGAACGUUCUAUUCGACAUAAUUGGAGGCAAAUGGGUGAACAAAACGUGCACAAUUUGGGUAUUGUAAAUGAAGAAGAAGAAGAUAUUGAAAGUGCGUAUUCACGGAAUAAUUGGGAUCCAAAAUUGGAAGUUGGGAAAAUUUUCUCUAGUAAGGAAGCCCUAUCCAACAAGUUACAGUUGGCGGCAGUAAGAGGUCACUUUGAAUUUAAGGUGAAGCAGUCUUGUAAGAGUCGAUUGGUUGUGGUUUGUUCUCAAGGUUCAUGCCCAUGGCGGCUUCGUGCAUCUAGUUAUGGAGAAAAGAACUUCAUGAUUGUGAAAUAUAAUCCGGUCCAUGAAUGUGAUAUGAGUUUUAUACAUGACAAGCAUCGUCACGCAAGUGCUAAACUCGUUGGUAAUGCAGUGAAGCGGAAAUUGAAAGAUUCUCGCACAAUAUACACACCAAGUGAUAUAAUCAGAGAUGUGAAACAAAACUUUGGUGUCACCAUUAAUUAUUGCAAAGCUUGGAGAUCGAGGGAGUUAGCUCUAAUGUCCACUAGAGGUUCAGUAGAGGAGGCAUAUUCUCUCCUUCCAGCUUAUUGUCAUGAAUUAGAACGUGUGAAUUCUGGCACAAGGACAUACAUCCACACCGAUGAGAACAAUCACUUUUUGUAUUUUUUAUGGCUGUUGGGGCAUGUAUUAGAGGGUUUCAAUCUUCAAUGCGGCCAGUCAUUGCUGUGGAUGCCACGCAUUUAA